AUGCUGAAGAGGACGACUGCUGCAGCGCCGGCCUCGGCUAAUCGACUGGGUUGUCUGGUCAUCUUCAUCCUCAUCACCUUUGCCUAUGUGAUCCAGACCGAGCUCACCCAGGCCGUCCAACGCACCUACCAGAAGCCGUACUUGUUGCUCUUCCUCACCCACUCCGGAUACAUCGCCAUCCUGCCCCUCCACCUGCUCCUCCUCAAGCUCCUCCAGCCGAGCAUCAGACUCUCGACGCGACUGCGCCAACUCAGGCGACUCGUCGUGCUCCAAUACAACCACCAGCGCCGCCAGCAUGAGUCUGCGCGCUCGCCAGCCUCCGAUCUCCAGCCGCUGCUCCUGCCCAACAUCCCACCAAGAGCGGCAAGCCUGCCCAGCCAGGCCUUCCCGCUGGCCUGGUUCGUGAAGCGCUCCGUCCAGCUGACCCUCUUCCUCGCCCUGCCCGCGAUGUGCUGGUACGGCGCGGUGCCGUUCGCAGACAUGACCUCGAUCACCUCCAUCUUCAACACCAACGCCGCCUUCACCUACCUCUUCGCCGUCUGCUUCCUCGACUCCGAGCGCGUCGAGGCCCGCAAGUCCCUCGGCGUCCUCAGCUCGCUCCUCGGCGCCUUCCUCAUCAGCUAUGCCGAACGCGCCGCCCCACCGUCCGACUCCGCUCCGCUCCCCGACGACCAACACAACAAGGGCCGGCUCCGCCUGCUCGGCAUCUCCCUCGCCCUCCUCGGAAGCAUCGGAUACGCCCUCUACGAGGUCUGGUACAAGCGCGCCAUCGCGUGGUCCGAAGCCUACUCGAGUCCUCCCCCCGCCAAGUCCGGACUGUCCGACCUGGAGCCCGAGCACCACGCGAGCAGCGGCUCUGACACCGACAUCGCCGACCCGGAGUUCCGGCCAUCCUCCUCGCGCGGAUCAGAGGGCGGGCCCAAGGGCAGAGUGGAUCCGGACUCGUUGCCCAUCCGCGAGGCCCGGUCCAGCCUCUACAGCCAGGACAGUCUGCUCCAUGCAAACCUCAUGACGACCAUGGUCGGCCUCGCCACUCUCUGUCUGCUCUGGAUCCCUAUCCCCCUGCUGCACUGGACGGGCAUCGAGCCCUUCGAAGUCGUCCAGGACCCUGCGAUCGCGUGGAUGAUCUUGGGCAUCAUCCUCAUGGGCGUGCUCUUUAAUGCCGGCUUCAUGAUCCUGAUAGGCCUUUGGGGCCCCGUCGUAGCAUCCGUAGGAAACCUGUGCACACUCGUCCUCAUCGCCAUCGUCGACCACACCAUCAUCGGCGCGAUCAACUCACACGACUCCGAGCGCAACUUGCCCCCCUUCGGCUUCCUCAGCGCCCUCGGCUGCCUCUCCAUCCUCCUCGGGUUCUCGAUCCUCAACUUUUAG